GUUGUUGUGUGUGGGUCGUUUGUUACAUAUAUAUACUCCAAGCUCUGUCAAGUCAAAGUCACACUUUGGGUCGUCUUAGAAAGCAGCGAAGUUAAAGUUAUCUUAACCUGAAUAUUUAUCCAAUGGUUAUGCAUGUGCAGACGGUCUUGUUGCUUUGCUCCCUUAGUGCGCUGGUGCGUGGAAGAGCAAUCGUAAGUCCAAGAAAACAAGCGGAGCUUAUGGACUACAUGACAAGAUAUGGAUACCUUCAUCAACCCGAUCUCCGAAUAGGAGCAAUGCUCAGCGGUGACGACGUCACACUUGCCGUGAAAAGCCUGCAGCACGUGCGAGGUUUCAAGGAGACUGGAAGUCUUCAAGAUCCUGACACUGUGGCUCUUGUCGACGCUAAGCGAUGUGCGGUACCGGAUUUUGGGCCAGGGGAUAGUGCCAGGAGAAAACGAAGAUAUGCAGUCCACGGAACUGUGUGGAACAAAACGGACCUGACAUACAAAAUCGUCAACUACCCACGAAAGCUUUCAACGAAAGACGUCGACGACACGAUCAAGAAAUCUCUGGAUAUGUGGUCAGCGGCGAGUCAAAUUAAGUUCGAGCGCGUCACUGACUCCAACACAGAAGCCGAUAUCUUGAUCAAGUUCGUGUCUGGUUACCAUGGAGACAGCAGGCCAGCGGACGGCCCUGGGAAAGAGUUGGCUCAUGCAUUCUUUCCGCUUGAUAACAAAGGCCUUGCCGGCGAUUUGCACUUCGAUAACGAUGAAGAUUUUGACAUAAAUGGCAGCCAUGUCAAGGUAGAUCUCAAUUGGCUUUCUCUCCAUGAACUCGGACAUAGCUUGGGACUAGACCAUUCCUGGAACCCAGACUCCGUGAUGUUUCCAUUUUAUCUUGGAUAUAUCCCCGGGCUAACACUUAAUAAAGAUGACGUGGACGGCAUUCAACAACUCUAUGGUAAACCACUCAUCGAGCUCGCUACACCAACACCGCACACAAGACCCACACCCGCCCCUGGGGUGCCCGAUAUAUGUCAGCUGCAGAAAGUGGACGCCAUGGUGAUGACUAAGGACAAGAAAACUUACGCCUUUAGUGGCGCUUUCUUCACGGAGAUCGGCGACGAAGGGGCUGGGAAAGUGAUGAAAAUUAAGGACCACUGGAAGGGACUGGAAGAUGACAUUGACGCUGCAGUAACCAGAGGGUCCGAUGGAAUGACGUACUUUUUCAAGGGCAGCAAUUUUUGGAUCUUCAGAAACAUGCGCAAAUUGAAAGGUCCCACCCACAUCAGCUAUCUGAACCUUCCCGACGACCUCAUUGGUAUGGACGCGGCCGUGGAGUGGCCUGGGAACGGGCGCACAUAUUUCUUCAAGGGAGACAGAUACUGGCGUUACGGGAGUUGGUAUCGCAAAAAAGUUGACCCUGGAUACCCUAAGAAAAUCAGCGCAGCUUGGUUGAAUGUACCUGAUGAUUUGAACGCUGCUCUGCAAUGGAAAAACGGAAAGACGUAUUUCUUGAAAGGACAGCAGUAUUACGCUCUCAGGCGUCGUGGGAGACCCCGAGUGGCUUCUGGUUACCCCAAGGAUAUUUCUACGUAUUGGAUGGGAUGCAGUCAGGAGGGACUAAAGAAGGGAAAGAUUUCCCCUGGGAAAUCGUCCUCUUUAACCAAUCUUCCGAGUUGUCUCGUGUUAUUUGGAAGCGUGUUGGCAUAUUUAAGAUUUUAUAUUUAAUUCAACUUCCUUUGCCUUUGUUUCUGAAAGUCACACCUGCUUGGUCGAGAAAGGAGAAAGCCGGACAUUUUAACUCUUCUUGUGAGAACAAGAAAUCCACAUGCCACGUGUCAAUGUUUUUUGAGAAGAAACAUAAGAACUCAUGGGACAUUCUCAUCAGAGAACAAACAGUAAAAGCACACCAAUAAAUUAUGAUAUCAAAUUGUAUAUAGCUUGUAAGAUAGAGAAACAGUUUUACCCGAGCAAAUAUUAUAAAUCUUUAAUAUUAAUUCCGCUUUAUUUUAACUACGACAAAUAACGAGAGCUCUUCUGUAGAAAUUAUUCUUGGUACUAAGGUCCUUCCGAGUUGGACAUAUGCCCAGGAAGAGCUUUUACUUCUUCGGGAAUAGCAAUUAGUGCGAAAUUAUGGCUGUAAGUUAUGUAACUACACAGAUAAAUUCUGAUGUAGCAGUAGAACUGGACAAAGAGAUGUAUAUACCGUAUUUCAGUGUGAAAAAGUAAAAGUACCCAAACCCGG